AUGCUCAGCACCCGCGCUUUGACCCGCUCGUUCCGCGCCCCGGCGUACGCCCGCUUCGCCAGCUCCGUGCGCUCGGAGACCGACUCGAUCGGCGCCAUUGACGUCGACGCCUCCAAGUACUGGGGCGCGCAGACGCAGCGCUCGCUGCAGAACUUCCCCAUCGGCGGUGGCCGCGAGCGCAUGCCGAUGCCGGUCAUCAAGGCCAUGGGCAUUGUCAAGAAGUGUGCGGCCAAGUACAACCUCAAGCUCGGCAAGCUCGAGCCGGCCGUCGCUGAGAACAUCAUCAAGGCCGCCGACGAUGUCAUCUCGGGCAAGCUCGACGACCACUUCCCGCUCGUCGUCUUCCAGACGGGCUCGGGCACGCAGUCCAACAUGAACACGAACGAGGUGAUUUCCAACCGCGCGAUCGAGUACAUGGGCGGCGAGCUCGGCUCCAAGAAGCCGGUGCACCCGAACGACCACGUCAACAUGGGCCAGUCGUCGAACGACUCGUUCCCGACCGCAAUGCACAUUGCGGCGGUCAUGGAGAUCCACCGCGUGCUCCUCCCGGGCCUCCGCAAGCUCCACGAUGCGCUCGACGCCAAGGUCAAGGAGUUUGAUGGCAUCAUCAAGAUUGGCCGCACGCACACGCAGGACGCGACGCCGCUCACGCUCGGCCAAGAGUUCUCGGGCUACCGCGAGCAGAUCGCGUACUCGAUCAAGCGCGUCGAGGAUGUCCUCCCCAACUUGUACAAGCUGGCGCUCGGCGGUACGGCGGUCGGCACGGGCCUCAACACGACCAAGGGCUACGACAAGGAGAUCGCGGCCAUCAUCGCGGCCGAGACGGGCUUCCCGUUCGUGACGGCGCCCAACAAGUUUGAGGCGCUCGCGGCCAACGACGCGGUCGUCGAGGCCAGCGGUGCUAUGAACACGAUUGCGUGCUCGCUCAUGAAGAUCGCGAACGACAUCCGCUUCCUCGGCUCGGGCCCGCGCUCGGGUCUCGGCGAGCUCAACUUGCCCGCGAACGAGCCGGGUUCGAGCAUCAUGCCUGGCAAGGUCAACCCGACGCAGUGCGAAGCCAUCACGAUGGUGUGCGCGCAGGUCAUUGGCAACCACGUCGCGGUCACGGUCGGCGGCUCGAACGGCCACUUUGAGCUCAACGUCUUCAAGCCCGUGAUGAUCUCCAACUUGAUUGUCCCCAACCUCGACACGAUCGACCGCCUCAUGAAGAACUCGCUCAUGCUUGUGACGGCGCUCAACUCGCACAUUGGCUACGACAACGCGUCCAAGGUCGCCAAGAAGGCCCAUAAGGAGGGCACGACGCUCAAGGAAGCGGUCGUCGAGCUCGGCUUGCUCACGGCCGACGAGUUUGACCGCUACGUCCGCCCCGAAGACAUGAUUGGCCCCAAGUAA